CGUUGCUGCAUGCUGUGCUUUGCGCUACAUCUUCAAUGCUGUUCUGCGACUAACUCUGUGCAAUGAGCACGAAGUACAAAGUCCUCGAACUGCCUGUUAUUCCAUUCCAUCAUGACAGAUCUGGGCUCCAUACAUGUGCUCAUGUUCUUCAAUCCUCUGACGACGCUCGCUUGUUAUUCCAAGCACAGGUACAUAUCAACUCGGAAACACGUGGUGGUGGUUGUAGUUGCAACUUGCGGACCGGAAUUCCAACGGAAUUGAUAAGUGUAGCAGUCAUCUUCCCAGUACCCGGCCGCAAAAUCGCUAGAUAUCCGUAUCGUGUCGCUUUCGAACAUUGUAUCUGUGAUUCACCAGAAUGUCCAUCCCUCCACCACCCGGCUAUUAUGUCCCUGCAGUACUCUUUAUGACGGAGAGCGAGGAUUUCGACGUCCCAGCGAUCAAAGCCCAUGUCCUGAGACUGGCCAAGGGAGGUGUGACUGGAAUACUAGUGCAAGGCAGUAAUGGUGAAGCUCAGCUCCUCUCGCGCGAAGAACGGAUAGAGGCGAUCAAGCUCACUCGCAAGACAUUGGAUGAGAGUGGAUUCCAGAAUACCAUAGUCAUCGCCGGAACGGGUGCCCAGUCGACAAGGGAGACGAAGCAGUUUAAUGUCGACGCAAAGGAAGCUGGUGCAUCCCAUGUCCUCGUCCUCACACCAUCUACUUGGCCCCCACAGAUGACCGUGGACAACGUGAUCAAGUUCCAUACCGAGGUUGCCGAUGCCUCUCCCAUCCCUACAAUGAUCUACAACUUUCCUGUUGUUACAGCCGGCCAGGAUCUUGACUCGGACACUAUUGCAACCCUUGCUGCACAUCCAAAUAUCGUCGGCGCUAAGCUUUCUUGCGGGAACAUUGGAAAGCUUCAGCGGCUCACUUCACGAUUCUCACCAUCUGUGUUUGCCGUCUUUGCAGGAAGAACGGACUUUUUCCUUCAUAGUCUUAUUUCUGGGAGUGCAGGGUUGAUAGGUGCCUCCGUAAACAUCGUGCCCAAGCUGCACGGGAAAUUGCUACAGCUUUACCGGGAGGGGAACAUAGACGAGGCCACGACGCUGCAAGCCAAGAUGGGACACGCUGAUUGGGCCGUGCAGAAGAUCGGAGGGAUCGGAGGGGUGAAGAGUAUCGUUUCGAGGAACUUUAAUUAUGGUGAGACGGUGGUAAGGGCACCGCUCAAGCGAGUUGCCUGGGACGCUUUGACGGUGAACAAACAUUAUAGUGCAAUAGAGGAGGUGAUAGCGUUGGAAAAGGCGCUAUGAUGUCGAAUUGUAAGAGAGAAUUAAGCAGAUUUCAAAACUCCAUCGCA